UCUUGGUUUGACUUCAAGGCGAAGUGGAGCGGCACCAGCUGCAGGACCACAGCAUGGCCCACAGCCAGCUGCCCAACAGCUCCUGGCAGAAUAGCUCAGCUCCUCUCUUCACUGGAUUGGACCUUCUCCUGAAGCUGAAGCCCCUCUUCAUCCCUCUCUACGCCACCCUAGUGGCUGUGGCAUGCACAGGGAACCUCUUCCUCAUCCUCCUCAUCGCUCUCACCAAGAAGCUUCACUGCACCACCAAUUUCCUCAUUGGGAACCUGGCGGCAGCCGACUUCAUCAUGUGCCUGGCCUGCGUCCCCCUCACCGUCUCCUACGCCUUUGAGGUGCGGGGCUGGCUCUUUGGGAUGUUCAUGUGCUACUUUGUCACCUUGAUGCAGGCUGCCACCGUCUUCGUCUCGGUGCUGUCCCUCACCGCCAUCGCCAUCGACCGCUACGUGGUGGUGGCAUACCCCAUUCGCAGGAGGAUAAGCCGCAGGUCCUGCGUCUGCCUGGUGGCCUGCAUCUGGCUGCUCUCCGUCGUGGCCUCUGUGCCCACAUCCCUGCACACUCACUACUUGGACCUUAACACCAUUGGCCACGACAUGAUCAUCUGCGAAGAGUUCUGGAAGCACGAGGAGAGCGAGCGGCUGCUGUACUCCUGCCUGAUGCUCCUCCUGUCCUACAUGCUCCCACUGCUGGCCGUGUCCAUCUCCUUCUGUGCCAUCACCUACCACCUGCGGAGGAGGCACGUCCCGGGCGCUGCCUAUGCGUGCCAAGACAGAUGGACCAAAACCAAGCAGAAGACCUUCCGGGUGCUGACUGUCUCGGUGGUGUGCUUCGCUAUCUGCUGGCUGCCCCUCCAGGUGGUGAACUUCAUCAGAGACAUCGAUGAGGAGUUCACCAUCCUGGACAAGAGGUAUGUCAAUGUCAUCCAGGUCUCGUGCCACCUGAUUGCCAUGAGCUCAGCCUGCUACAACCCCUUCAUCUACGCUGCCCUCCAUGACAAGUUCUGGUUCCACCUCAGCAGCUACUUCUACCGCAAGAAGAAGAGCUCCAGCGCCACAUCCUGCAAGGCUUCUCGCAUCAACACCUGCUCCACCCUGGCAGAUGCUCCCACCGGGGUCUCUGAUAAGAUUGCUUUGCAAACUAGGUUCUCUUAAUUGGAGGGCCCCAAGAGAGCAGUUUUGCUUCUGGGCCUGGUGAGAACUUUGCUUUAGACUGGCCAUAGGAGCUGGCAGCUGGGCAUGGUGGUAUGUUGCACUUCCCAGAUGUUUCUUGUGCCUGGCAAGGAGAGCAAUCAUCAAGGAACAAACCCAUGGACUUUGUGUUCUUUGAGCUGCUUUUCUGAGUGCCUCAAGGAUGCUUUGUCCUGUAGGGAAACAAAGCAGUGCAACCACAAACACCACAGCCAGGGAGGAGCAGGAUGCACCUGCAAAAUGUGCUGGAGCAGUGGGAGGGGGAAACCUGACCUAGUCCAACAGGCAGCUACAGAAAUGUGUGAGUGAAAGCACAGCUAAUUGGCUUGUUGGAACAGAACAAGGUGUGAGGAUCCAGGCUGAUGAGCAGAGACUCAACUAGCCUGAUGCAGUCCCCUGUAAGCCUCAGCUUCCAGAAAUGCCACUGCACCAGCAUGCCCAAA